GUGUCGUUCUUCUUCGUUGGAGUCGCCCGCCUGUUUUCCAGCAGCAUCGUCAAUUUCCAUCUGCAACUUGAGCAGCCUUCUCAUUUCCAGACUCCAUCUCUGUAGCAAUAUAAGGGUCAAAUUAGUGCAGUUGGUGUUUCGCAUGAGAAAUCGUUGAAGUGGGUUUUGGUGCAUCGAAUUUGAGCUAUGGAGUCGUUAGCUCGGGGUAAUCUUGCGAAUGUAGCCUCCAGCUUCACCUCGUCUACUGAAUUGUUGGGGUUUUCCUUGCGCGGUGAUGAUCUGCUACGUUCAGUGAGAUUGGGUGGCCGCAAAGUACGGUCAGUUGGGUUUCGAGUGACGUCUGUGUCUACAACAGAAGACAAAACUCCCGCUCGCUCUGGGAAUGUGGGACUCUACACUGGGCGAGAUCCUAAUGUGAAGAAGCCUGCGUGGUUGCGGCAACGGGCGCCGCAAGGAGAGAAGCUAUCAAAGCUCAAGGAGAGCAUCACCACCUUGAAGCUGAAUACCGUUUGUGAGGAAGCGCAAUGCCCCAACAUUGGAGAGUGUUGGAAUGGUGGCGGAGGAGCAGGGGGUGAAGGGGAUGGCAUUGCUACAGCCACUAUCAUGCUGCUCGGUGACACUUGCACUCGCGGAUGCCGAUUUUGUGCAGUUGCGACUAGUAGAAAUCCUGCACCCGCGGAUCCUAUGGAACCAGAAAAUACAGCUCGGGCAAUAGCCAGUUGGGGCGUAGGGUAUGUUGUAUUGACUAGCGUUGACAGAGAUGACAUGCCUGAUGGUGGGAGUGAUCACUUUGCUCGAACAGUGAAAACCCUCAAGGCGUUAAAGCCAGAAUUAUUGGUAGAAUGUCUUGUGUCUGAUUUCAGAGGUGAUCUGAACGCCGUGCAUCAUCUCGCCAGCUCUGGGCUGGAUGUCUUUGCUCAUAACAUCGAGACAGUGAAGCGAUUGCAGCGGAUUGUCAGAGAUCCACGGGCUGGGUAUGAACAGAGCAUGGCAGUAUUAAAGCAUGCCAAGACUCUGAAGGGAAUGGUGACUAAGUCCUCCAUAAUGCUGGGCUUGGGCGAGCGUGAUGAAGAAAUAAAACAAACUAUGCUGGAUCUGCGUGAUGCUGGAGUGGACAUAUUUACUCUAGGCCAAUAUUUACAGCCCACGCCUCUUCACCUAACUGUGAAGGAGUACGUGACACCCGAGAAGUUCGAAUAUUGGAAGCAGUAUGGCGAGUCCAUUGGUUUCAGAUAUGUCGCAAGCGGUCCUCUUGUUCGAUCCUCUUACCGAGCAGGGGAGUUCUUCAUUGAGAGCAUGAUUCGUAACGAACGGAACAAUGCUGCGGUGUAAUUUAAAAGUUUAUGUUAAGUGCUGCAGAAAAACAUAUCUUCACCAAAAUUUCGUGCCACUCACAUGUGGCGAUUAGAAUCUAUACUGAGCUUAGUUAGUUAGUCGAGCUAUUCCUCAGCUGGGAGGUUUUACAUGAUAUUGAGCCUGAUUGAAGCAUCUGGAACGUCAUGCGCUAGGGUCCAUGAUCGGGUGAUUCCGGUGACUCCCACCACAUUCGUCGAGUGCUUAGAUGAUUCUUUGUGCUGUACUCAACAUUCUGCUAUACUUCGAGCCACAACACGUGAGCCUGAUUUUUUUUGUUGUA